ACUGAUCGACCCGCCACCCUCCAGCUCCAGCAGCAUUGUUGUCACGGCACGGCGGCUCCGAUCCUCUCCAAUCAGGACGCCGCCGGCCGCCGCAGCCGCAGCGCAGACACGACGACCCAGCAGUCCAUUUGCAGCCCACGGCAGCUGAUCAUCAUCCAGCAGAUACGUAGCAGAUAGAUACAUAAGCAGGCUGCAAGCAGGCAUGUGGAGAUGAGAUGGAUGAUAUGAUUGGCAGUGCAGAUCGAUGAUCGAUGAUGAUUAUUAGUCCAGUCGUUGGCGCAUGUGCCGUCACCUACUGAUGAUAAUAUAUAUGGAUCAUCGUCUCGUCUAAGUAUAGCAUAGGCGCGGCCGGCUCUCGCACAGCAGGGCGUCGUCGUCGCCGUCCGUCCGUCCCUCCCUCCCUACCAACCUUGCCUGCCUCCCCGCGCGCGUCCCGCCCCUGCCAACUUUAUCCUCCCCUGCCCCGGCCCCCCACAAACACCGUACCUCCGGCGCGCGGUGGUGGCGUGGCGCCCUUCCCACGUCUGCCACCACCCCCGGUCGGGUCCGGUCCGGUCACCAUGGCGAGGGCCUGCAGGAUGGCCCCCCUCCUGCUCCUGCUCGUGGCCGUCGCCGCGUCGGGCAUCCGGGUGGACGUGAUCCGGCUCCCGUCGUCGUCGUCCGCGCCUCCGCCGCUGCCGCCGUCGUCCCCGGCGUUCCGCGAGGCGCCCGCGUUCCGCAACGGGGACGAGUGCCCGCCCCGUGGCUCCCCCGACGGCCGCGUCGACGUCGCCAUGACGCUGGACGCCAACUACCUGCGCGGCACCAUGGCGGCCGUCUUCUCCAUCCUGCAGCACACGGCGUGCCCGGAGAACGUGGCGUUCCACUUCCUGGCCGCCGCCGGCGAUUACCAGCACGACUCGGACCCGCUGGCGGCGAUCCGCGCCACGUUCCCGUACCUUGACCCGAGCGUGCACCGGUUCGACCCGUCCCGUGUCCGCGGCCGCAUCUCCCGCUCCGUGCGCCACGCGCUGGACCAGCCGCUCAACUACGCGCGCAUCUACCUCGCCGACACGCUCCCGGCCACCGUGCGCCGGGUCAUCUACCUCGACUCCGACGUGGUGGUGGUGGACGACGUGCGCAAGCUCUGGUCCGUCGACCUGGGCGAUCGCCACGUGGUGGCGGCGCCCGAGUACUGCCACGCCAACUUCACCAAGUACUUCACCGACGCCUUCUGGUCGGACGAGGAGCUCAGCGCCGCGUUCCGGGGCCGCCGCCCUUGCUACUUCAACACGGGCGUCAUGGUCAUGGACGUGGCGCGGUGGCGACGCGGCGGGUACACGCGGCGGGUGGAGGAGUGGAUGGCGGUGCAGAAGCGGAAGCGGAUCUACCACCUGGGGUCGCUGCCGCCGUUCCUGCUGGUGCUCGCCGGGGACAUCAGGCCCGUCGACCACCGCUGGAACCAGCACGGGCUCGGCGGCGACAACGUGGAGGGCAGGUGCCGGAGCCUCCACCCGGGCCCCAUCAGCCUGCUGCACUGGAGCGGCAAGGGCAAGCCGUGGCUGCGACUCGACGCACGGAAGCCCUGCACCGUCGACUACCUCUGGGCGCCCUACGACCUCUACAAGGCAGCGGCCACCGCGCUGGAGGAGUAGGAGUGUGAUAUCAGUCCAUGCUAAGCUAUACCACGUACCGGAAUGCAUGCAUCGUCAUGGCCUGCCGGCGGCCAUGGGUCAACGUACGAUCGACCGACCCCGGCCGGGGGGACGACGACGUACGGUACGGCGGCCGACGGCGAGGGAGAGACGACGAUCCAAUCCAAGAGGUGUGUGCCGUGUGCCGGCCGUGCGUGCACACAGCAGCGAGCAGAUAGGGCAUGCAUGCAUGAUUCAGACGAGAACUACAUAGUCCGAUCAAGAGGAGAGCUCAACGACGACGAAGGAUUAUUGUAUAUUCUGAUGGGAGCUAGGAGAUCGAAGAGAGGGGUGGGUUGGAGUGGAAGAAGAUCGCCGAUUCGAUGCAUGCGUGAAUGAUCAAUCGUACGUGUAGGCCGGCCGGAGGCGGAGGGAAUAAUGGUCGUCGUCGUGCAUGUCUCGAUCGAGAGAUCUCUCGCGCUCGAUCUUCUUCCCCUCGUUUUGAUUGGGUUCGAUCGUCGAUUCGAUCCUUCGUACGUCGUCGUGUUUGUAUAUAGGUCAUCAAUCGUGGGGGUCAUCAGGCGGGCUUGGUGGCGUGUUGUUGUUGAUUUGUAAAGAAAUCGAUUAGGGGUGGUGUGCAUGCAGUCGAAGGGAUACACAGUAACAAAACCAAAGUAUUGUACUACUGAACACACACAGUGUCAGAAAAAAAAGAAAAACAGGCAAAAUCAAGAACUUCGUUCA